CCGGACGCCCUCCACCGCCGACCGAGCUCACCCUCUGAUGCGCCGCCCCAAUGCUCGCGUCGAGCCGCCUGCCCAAGCACAGGAGCAAACCCUAGCUUCUGCCCCCGCAUCCAAGAUGGCCGCCCAACGGCAGCGCUCCAGCUCCAGCCUCGGCCGCCGCCACCUAGCCGGCGCGCUCGCUUUCCUCGCGGCCACCGCCUUCGCCCUCCUGCUCCUCCUCCCCCGCUCGGCGCCCCCAAGCUACGGCGUCGUCAUCGACGCCGGCAGCACGGGCAGCCGCGUCCACGUCAUCGCCUACCACGCGGGGCCGCUCCCGAAGCUGGACUGGACGCGCACGGCGUCACUGAAGGCGGCCCCGGGGCUGUCCUCGUUCGCGGCCGACCCUGGCACCGCGGGCCCGUCGAUCGCGCCGUUACUGGAGUUCGCACGGCGGCGCGUGCCGCGGGAUAGUUGGGUGCGCACCGAGGUGCGGCUCAUGGCCACGGCCGGCCUCCGGCUGCUUGAUGCCGUCACGGCUGAAGCCGUCUUGGAGUCAUGCAGGGAGUUGCUUCGGGAGUCAGGGUUCCAGUUCCAGGACGAAUGGGCCACCAUGAUUUCAGGAGCUGAGGAAGGGAUUUAUGCAUGGGUUGCGGCAAAUUAUGCAUUGGGUACUCUGGGUGGUGCUACACAAGAUACUACUGGGAUAAUUGAGCUUGGUGGGGCUUCUAUUCAGGUAACGUUUGUCACCAAUAAACCUAUGCCUCCGGAGUUCUCCCACGUGCUCAAGCUUGGCGACAUCACAUAUAACCUGUACAGCCACAGUUUUCUACAUCUUGGUCAGAAUGUAGCGUAUGAGUCACUCCAUGAAUUGCUGAGCAGACCGGGCCUUAAAUCAAUGGCCACCCAUUUAACUCAUCAAGCUACAUACAGAGAUCCUUGCACCCCAAGGGGAUUUUCGCGCAUGGGUGGAGAAGUUAAACUUCCAGCUAGCAUUCUUGAGUCAAAGGCGGAGUACAACCCAUUUGCUCAUGCUGUUGGUAACUUCUCUGAGUGUAGAUCUGCAGUGAGAACACUAUUGCAGAAAGGACAAGAGGAAUGUAUGUAUCAUGAUUGCCGUAUGGGAGCAGCAUUUGUACCAGAUCUAGAAGGAAAAUUCUUAGCAACCGAGAAUUUCUUUCAUACCUCGAAGUUCUUUGGGCUGCAUUCGAAGUCUUUUCUUUCUGAUCUGAUUCUAGCCGGAGAGCAAUUUUGCCAUGGGGACUGGUCAAACAUAAAAAAGAAGUACCGUUCUUUCAAUGAGGGGGAACUGCUCCUUUUUUGCUUCUCUUCGGCGUAUAUUGUGGCCUUACUGCAUGAUACUCUAAAAUUUCCUAUGGAUCAUAAGAGCAUUGAUGUUACAAAUCAAAUUCGGGGUGUCCCAGUUGAAUGGGCUUUGGGCGCUUUUAUUGUGCAGAAGACACCAAACCGGACAGAGUACUCAGAUCUAUCAGUUUCAUAUCUAGACAACUAUGACUCUUCUGGGUUGGUGCCACUUAUUUUCAUUACUACUGUGGUUGUAUUUACAGCAUGCUCCAUCCUGAAGUGGAGAAGACCUCACCUCAAGACAAUAUACGACAUGGAGAAAGGACGGUACAUCAUAACCAGGGUCAGCCGAUGAGCCUCGCGCCUCGUCGUUGGGAGUUGAUGGAGUUCCUGCGAUGGGGCACCAGUGACCAUAAAUGUAAAUAUUCAUGAUUUGAUUUUUUACUGCAACAAUUGUAUGGUUCGACAUGCUGCCUUGCUGAACUGGACGAGUGUAAGCAGCCCUUUUGUAUAUUACGACGGUUCGACAUGCUGCCUUGCUGAACUGGACCGAGUGUAAGCAGCCCUUUUGUAUAUUAUGAUGACUUGGGUUGCUGCAGUA